CGAUGCGCGAACGUGUGGCAUGUUCACGAGGCAACAUCCUUUUUCGAUAUGUCAAAUGAAGUUGCGGCGAAUUUUUCUUAUCGGAGGAAGGAUUUAAGUGAAUUGCCGUGGGAAAGCUCACAUUUUCGUGCAUUUGAUUCUUUAAGCGAACGGAUGAGGCCAAGUUCACGUCGGUGUCUGACAUGUAAUGCUGUAGUUCAAGAGACUCUCUGCAAUAUUGCUGCCUGUUUAUCUUUUUUUAAUAUUGCGAGGAAGUAUCUGUGAUACAGUUCAGUGAAUUCAUAGUCGGUACUUCGUGUGUGAUGGGCGAUGCUCGACAUCUGUUUCCAACCGUCACCGACACAAAUUCCGUGGCGAAUUCUUUCGGCUCCCAACGUUGCUCCGACGAUCAAACGGAGGAUGCGAUAGAAAACAGCUCUUUGGAAACGUUUCCUACAGUGCCAGCGUCUGAAUUGGAGAAUGAAAGUGCUUUGGACGAUGGGACGACUACGAGAUCUUCCUCAAGCAAUUCCAGCCACGGUGUGGCCUACAUAACGGAAUAUCCUUCCUUGGAUAUGGCGAGUACGUCAGCAGUUCUCUAUUACUGCAAGAAGCGUUUUCUUCGGCCGUACUUCAUCUUGUUGGCAAUUCUUGGAUGGCGGUCCUUUUCUGAUUCUGCGAGCUGUAGAUUCUUGAAAUGGCUGAAUAGGUUUUACGUCGUCUUCCUUCUGUCGUUGAUCUUACUGGGCUUCACCUUGCAAUACGGUGCCUGUUUUCGCAUGGAUGGAGAAUUGCCUUCGGAACCAUUGACGAUACUAUGGAACCAAACAUCUGUCAAGCAUGUGAAUGUUUCUACAAAAAUUGAAUUAUUUGCGCCUGGAACGUCAAGUCGCAUUGGAGGCUGGAAGCUGCACAAAACCGAUGAUUUUCCUCCAGAUCCGACUGAUGAACAAUGUCCUAAGCCAUCCCUAGCUGCAUUCAUAUUGCCUGACAUUCUUCUCCUCGGAGCAUACUUGUUCUUUUUCUAUGUGAUGCGUAUUGCGGAAAACGAGCAAAUGGAAACAUUAUUGGAGAAAGCUUUUUUACAAUCGUCGUGCCCAGUAUCUCUUUCGAAUCAACGUGACAUGCUACAUUCACUGAGAAUAUGGUUGGCAGCUGGAAUUUUGUGGUUGAUGGCUGCGUCUACUGCACUACUCUUGUACCUUGCCACUGCUGAAGUUCGAUUUAAUGUCAUCAGUUACACGUUGUUGCCUUGGGUGCAUAACUCGUUGGAGAGCUUACUGAUCAUCGCAACGUGGUUGCAAGAUGUUGUUCAAAUAACUCUGAUCACGUCAUAUUGUCUGCAAGCGCAGUUGCUUCGCUUAUCUCUGCAAGCUAUUGCCACUCAAGUACUUCAGCGUCAGAUUUCACUUGAAUCUGCAAUGAAAGAAAUAGGAGAGAGUGAGAAAUACUUGGAUUAUUUGAACAAAGAUUUGGGAAUAAGUAUCUGUUUGCUGCUGGUGGUGAAUGUGAGUCGAUUUGCGAGUGGAAGCUUGUGGUUUCUGCUCUCAGACAUCAGUUUGAUUCCUGGUGUUGUGCUGGCAGCUUCCAUCAUGAUGGUUAUCCUUUGGGGAUGUCUUUUUCUUCUGCCACUUCUUCAGGCAUGUCGGCUGAGUGCAAGUUACGAUGACAUGCGAAAAUUGGGCCACAAAGUUCGAGAGCGUCCCUUCGGAUUUCAAAACGCCAGUCCGGCUGAGCUCGAUUCUUUCUUGCUGUACACCAGUUCACAAAACUUGAAAGCGAGAGUCGUUUGUUUGCCCGUAACUGCUGGUUAUGUGUGCUUUGGAUUAGGAUUUUUAGUUUUUAUCGCACUGACGAUGCUACAGAGCUACUCAAAGUUUUGCAGUAGUGACAAUAUCAACUUAGAAAAGGGUGAAAUUCUCAAAGCUUUCAAAAUGGGCAAGACGUUCGUAUUUGAAGUUGCCAUGACUUGCGAUGGAUGCGUGAAUGCUGCGAAGCGUGUGUUGGGUAAAGUGGAAGACAAGAUUGAGUCUUACGACGUGGACCUGUCCAAAAAGCUGGUCACCGUUAUCACAUCGCAAAUGUCCAAGGACGAUGUCGAGGAAGUGUUGAAAAAGACCGGGAAUGACGUGAAAUUUGUUUCAGAAACAAAAGUGACGUCCAUCGCGAGACCAUUGUUUGGUCGUUGGGACCGGAGAAUGUCAUCUCUAACAGAUAUCGUGAUGAUGCAGGAGAUCAAUAACAAGGGUCUCGUGACGUUAAAUCGACCGAAGGCACUAAAUGCCUUGAAUCUCUCCAUGAUACGCGUUUUGACGCCGAAGCUUCAGCGAUGGCGAAACGAAGUUGACCUGAUCAUCAUGAAAGGCGCUGGGGACAAAGCCUUCUGUGCUGGUGGAGAUGUACGGGCCAUAACGGAAGCCGGUAUGAAAGGAUCGUUCAUGGCUCACGAAUUUUUUCGAGAAGAAUACAUAUUGGAUUACACCACGGGAACAAUGAAGAUCCCUUACAUUGCGUUGAUCGACGGGAUCGUGAUGGGAGGUGGGUUUGGGGUGUCUGUCCAUGGGCCAUAUCGAGUUGCCACUGAGAAUACGCUGUUCGCGAUGCCAGAAACGGCCAUUGGCCUCUUCCCAGAUGUCGGUGGUACUCAUUUCCUGCCAAGAAUGAGAGGUGAACUUGGCACAUUCCUGGCAUUGACUGGACAUCGCCUGAGGGGCAGCGAUGUACUGCAUGCUGGUAUUGCAACCCACAUUUGUCCUCGUGAUCGAUUGCGUGACUUGGAAGCAGAAAUUUUGGACCUGAAACUUGUGGAUGAAGCCAGUUUGGAAACCAUUUUGCAGAAGUUCUCGCUUGAAUACGAAUCUAAUCAGGGAAUAACGGAGUUUUCUCUUGCGCCUCAUUUGGAAUUGAUCGAGAAGGUCUUCUCGGCCAAUUCGAUGGAAGAAAUCGUUCGUCGUCUAGAAGCAGAUGGUUCUGAAUGGUCCUUGAAUGUUUUGAAAAAUAUGUUGAAAAUGUCGCCGACGUCACUGAAGGUAACCCUCCGGCAAAUGCGGAAAGGAAAGAAACUGGAUCUAAAGCAAAGUCUUGAGCUUGAAUACAUCAUGGGUCAGCAUUUCUGCGCCGAUCAUGAUUUCUACGAAGGCGUAAGAGCAGUAUUGAUUGACAAGGAUAACGCCCCGAAGUGGAAACCGGCUACAUUGGCGGAAGUUUCGGAUGAGAAAGUAGAAUCCUUCUUCAAAUCUAUCGACCCAGAAGACGUUCUGGUUUUGAAAGAUGAUCCUUCUCAUCUUUGA